GUGUGUCGUCGCGGCCAAGAUGAAGCUUGUGAUGUUGCUGUGUGUGGCGGUGGCGGUGACGGAGGCGCGGCCGCAGGUGUCGCCGCAGGCAUCCCAUGCGGCAGAUGCGGCCAGCGUCCUAGCGGCACACGACGCCUUCCAUCAGCUGUGGCUCGCUGAGGCCAGAAGGAACUCUAUUCCACCCACGGCGCCUUAUCUACAGCUGACGCAGCCGUCGGCGCAGACCUCUCAACUGGUGCAGCUGCCUCUAGAGGGACAGGCGGCUCAAGAACAGGCCCAGGAGGGACAGGUGGCGCAAGAACAGGCCCAGAAGGGACAGGCGGCUCAAGAACAGGCCCAGGAGGGACAGGUGGCGCAAGAACAGGCCCAGGAGGGACAGGCGGCUCAAGAACAGGCCCAAGAAGAACAGUUGGCGCAAGAACAGGCCCAGGUGGCGCAAGAACAGGCACAGGAGGGACAGGCGGCUCAAGAACAGGCCCAAGAAGAACAGUUGGCACAAGAACAGGCCCAAGAAGGACAGCAGGUGGCGCAAGAACAGGCCCAAGAAGGACAGCAGGUGCCGCAAGAACAGGCCCAAGAAGGACAGCAGGUGGCGCAAGAACAGGCGCAGGAGGAACAGUUGGCACAAGAACAGGCCCAAGGACAGGUGGCACAAGAACAGGCGCAGGAGGGACAGGUGGCACAGGAGGGACAGGUGGCGCAGGAGCCCCAGGUGGAUCAAGCAGCAGAGCAAGCUGUGGUGGUGCUGACAGUUGAGACUCCGGCAGUAAGUACCACAGCAGCGCCUGAUAUAGCCGCAGCAUUUAACAACUUCUUCGAUCUGUGGGAAGCUCAGGCAGCCAGGAAUGCAAUUGCACCUGGGACAGUAAUCCAAUCAAAUUCCGUGCAGCAGGCAGCGCCAGCACAGCAAGCAGCACCGACACAAGCAACAUCGACACAGCAGCAACAACAGGAGACGUUCGUGGAAACGCAGGCAGCGCCCACUGCCGGCGGCGUUCCCGACUUCCAGACAGAGUUCGCACCGUUCCACAACUUAUGGGAGCAGGAGGCUGCGAGGAGCCACAUCGCUUCGUCAGGGGCAGACCGUCGCCACCCAGCUCUAAGCUUACUGCCUCAGAUGGAGGUGAGUGUUGUGAGAGACGGGCCCUCGGCGAGCCAAGCCGUGGUGGGCUUCCCUUCCGUGAGGUUUGGGACAGCUAGCUGGAGUCCGGCAGCCUUGCAGUCGUCAAGCUUCGGUUCAACCGGAUUUGGUUCAACAAACUUCGGCUCAUCAGGUUUUGGUCCAAGCCUGGGAUCGACCGGCUUUAGUUCGUCAGGCUUUGCCUCGCCAGGUUUUGGCUCGCCAAGCUUAGGAUCGGCAGCCUUUGGUUCGUCAAGCUUCGGUUCGCCAAGCUUGGGUUCAACAGGCUUCGGUUCGUCGAGUUUUGGAUCUACCAGCGGUCUGCCGUACCUCGUAGUCAUCCCUAACAACCCGGCGGUUGGCGGCCUUCGACACCCAUACUAACUAGUACCCGUUGUUCACCUCCCUGUGUCCCGCCCCUCAUCAUCCUGGCGCUAUGAGUGCUGCUUGCUACGGUAGCUGUGAGUGCUGCUUGCUACGGUAGCUGUGAGUGCUGCUUGCUACGGUAGCUGUGAGUGCUGCUUGCUACGGUAGCUGUGAGUGCUGCUUGCUACGGUAGCUGUGAGUGCUGCUUGCUACGGUAGCUGUGAGUGCUGCUUGCUACGGUAGCUGUGAGUGCUGCUUACUACGGUAGCUUUGAGCGCUGCUUGCUACGGUAGCUGCGAGUGCUGCUUGCUACGGUAGCUGUGAGCGCUGCUUGCUACGGUAGCUGUGAGCGCUGCUUGCUACGGUAGCUGUGAGCGCUGCUUGCUACGGUAGCUGUGAGCGCUGCUUGCUACGGUAGCUGUGAGCGCUGCUUGCUACGGUAGCUGUGAGUGCUGCGAGUGCUGCUUGCUACGGUAGCUGUGAGUGCUGCUUGCUACGGUAGCUGUGAGCGCUGCUUGCUACGGUAGCUGUGAGUGCUGCUUGCUACGGUAGCUGCGAGUGCUGCUUGCUACGGUAGCUGCGAGUGCUGCUUGCUACGGUAGCUGAUAGUGAUGCUUGCUACGGUAGCUGCGAGUGCUGCUUGCUACGGUAGCUGUGAGUGCUGCUUGCUACGGUAGCUGUGAGUGCUGCUUGCUACGGUAGCUGUGAGUGCUGCUUGCUACGGUAGCUGCGAGUGCUGCUUGCUACGGUAGCUGCGAGUGCUGCUUGCUACGGUAGCUGUGAGUGCUGCUUGCUACGGUAGCUGAUAGUGAUGCUUGCUACGGUAGCUGAUAGUGAUGCUUGCUACGGUAGCUGUGAGUGCUGCUUGCUACGGUAGCUGCGAGUGCUGCUUGCUACGGUAGCUGUGAGUGCUGCUUGCUACGGUAGCUGAUAGUGAUGCUUACUACGGUAGCUGUGAGCUCUGCUUGCUACGGUAGCUGUGAGCUCUGCUUGCUACGGUAGCUGAUAGUGAUGCUUGCUACGGUAGCUGCGAGUGCUGCUUGCUACGGUAGCUGUGAGUGCUGCUUUCUACUGUAGCUGCUUGCUACGGUAGCUGUGAGCUCUGCCUACUACGGUAGUUGUGAGCUCUGCUUGCUACGGUAGCUGCGAGUGCUGCUUGCUACGGUAGCUGUGAGUGCUGCUUGCUAUGGUAGCUGCUCGUGAUGCUUGCUACGGUAGCUGAGAGCGCUGCUUUCUACUGUAGCUGCUAAUAAUGCUUUCUACGGUAGCUGUGAGCGCUGCUUUUCACAGAAGCUGUGAGCGCUGCUUUCUACGGUAGCAGUGAGUGCUGCUUUGUACGAUAGCUGUGAGUGGUGCCUUGUAUGAUAGCUGAGUGGUGCUUGCUACGAUAGCUGUGAGUAGUGCUUUGUACGAUAGCUGUGAGCGAUGUUUUGUACGGUAGCUUGAUUUACCUGAGGGUCACUAACCCUAGUGGCCUCGACGAGGACAGGAAGCCGGCAGCUUGUCAAAGGUCAAAGUACUUGAGUGGAGCCUAGUACGGUAGCUUGAAUGGUGGUCUAUACGAUAGCUAGAGUGGUGCUCUGUACAGUAGUGUGAUAGUGCUGUUAUAUACCUGGUUCCGUGAACGAUAUCCAUUGGAGUACUUGUGUUGAAAUUUAACUAAGUCAUAUUGCGCCAAACAAUUAUAUAUGAUAGGAAUGAAAUCAGACAUUCAAAUGUCUGAAAGGACGGAUAUUAAGCAUAUGAUUUCAAAUUUAAUAUAUAUUUAUAUAUGUAUGCGGGGAGAAACGGCUACCAAUGCGGAAUAUUGAUUUCGAGAAUGAGGAGUUUUCGAUACCUGUAGCUAGUGAUUGUGAGUGAUACUUCUCCCUGUAGCUAGUGAUUGUGAGUGAUACUUCUCCCUGUAGCUAGUGAUUGUGAGUGAUAUCUCUCACAAUCCCGAGUGCCCAAUGAGUGAAUUGCGAACAGGAAUCUGAUCUUGCACUUCAACGUUAUAUUACUGCAUAAAGUUCUAUAUAAAGUUCAUUCAUUAGACCCUCCUCUCAGAUCUGGUGGUAUGAGGCACUUAGAACUUUGCAGUUUUUUGAUCUGUGGCCGCGUAUUUUAAUAAUAAUAAUAAUAAUAAUUUUUAUUUAGGUAAGGUACAUACAUACAAUAAAUUUUUACAAAGAUUGGUUGACUUAUAGGUAGAGCUAGUACAUACAAUGCCUAAACUUUAUAUACAAUGCCUACAGUACAUACAAUGCCUUAUAAUCUUUAUAAGGGUAAAGAGAUUUCGCGUUCUGUUUAGCAACCCAUCCUGCGAGAUGGG